GGAGGGAGAACCGGGAGGGUUACGUCUUCCCUAGGGUUUUUUUUUUUUUUUAGCAGGAAUAGAGUUGUGGGAACGACAGCCUUCCGCGCCGCUGGAAUGACGGCCUUUGGAAACCGGGCGGACUUUGGGAAAGAGGCGGGGAGCGAGGCCCGGCGGCGCCCCGCCCACACCUGUAGGCGGGGCCCGGCUGUCCAAUAACAACCUCUCUGUGAGAGGGCGGGCUUGCCCGGGGGCGGGGUCUAGGGCCCGCUCGGGUGACUGGCGUCUGGCAAGUAUCGCGGGAACCGGGAGGGGGCACGCACGCAGCGCUUAGAAAUCACUAUGGUGACGGGAAGGACUGGAGGCUUCUCGGCAACUGGUCUGAGCUCUGAAAGCCGUCGCCGCCGCUUUCCUGGAACUUGAGUGGAUACAAGCAAGUGGUAUUUAAAAUUUUUCUGGAACUGGAAACAUGAGGCUGAAGAUCUCUCUCUUAAAAGAACCAAAGCAUCAGGAGCUGGUGAGCUGCGUGGGUUGGACCACCGCCGAGGAGCUGUACUCGUGCAGUGACGAUCACCAGAUAGUGAAGUGGAAUUUGCUAACCAGCGAGACCAGCCUGAUAGUCAAGCUGCCGGACGACAUCUACCCCAUAGACCUUCACUGGUUUCCGAAAAGUGUAGGCAUAAAGAAACAGACUCAGGCGGAAAGCUUCGUCCUCACGAGCUCUGACGGUAAGUUUCACCUGAUUUCCAAGUUAGGCAGAGUGGAGAAAAGUGUAGAAGCUCACUGUGGGGCAGUGCUCGCAGGACGCUGGAAUUAUGAGGGGACCGCAUUAGUUACAGUUGGAGAAGAUGGACAAGUGAAAAUUUGGUCAAAGACGGGGAUGCUUAGAUCAACUUUAGCUCAACAAGGAAUACCAGUGUAUUCAGUAGCAUGGGGCCCUGACUCAGAAAAGGUUCUUUAUACUGCAGGCAAACAGCUCAUCAUUAAACCUCUUCAACCAAAUGCUAAAGUCUUACAGUGGAAAGCCCAUGAAGGCAUUAUUUUAAAAGUCGAUUGGAACUCAGUCAACGAUCUAAUUUUAUCUGCUGGUGAAGACUGUAAGUAUAAGGUUUGGGAUAGUUUCGGGCGCGUGCUGUACAGCUCUCAGCCUCACGAACACCCUAUCACCUCGGUCGCCUGGGCGCCCGAUGGAGAGUUGUUUGCUGUUGGGUCGUUCCAUACGUUGCGCUUGUGUGAUAAAACUGGGUGGUCGUAUGCUUUAGAGAAGCCCAACACUGGCAGCAUAUUUAAUAUCGCAUGGUCUAUCGAUGGCACUCAGAUCGCGGGAGCCUGUGGGAAUGGCCAUGUGGUCUUCGCGCACGUGGUGGAACAGCGCUGGGAGUGGAAGAAUUUCCAAGUCACGCUAACCAAGAGAAGAACCAUGCAAGUUCGAAAUGUUCUCAAUGAUGCGGUGGAUUUGCUGGAGUUCCGUGACAGAGUCAUUAAAGCAUCUCUGAACUAUGCACACUUGGUUGUUUCGACGUCUCUUCAGUGCUACGUGUUCUCUACGAAGAACUGGAAUACACCACUUAUAUUUGAUCUCAAAGAAGGAACUGUUAGUUUAAUUCUGCAGGCAGAAAGACAUUUUCUUCUGGUAGAUGGUGGUGGGAUCUAUUUGCAUUCUUACGAAGGGCGCUUCAUUUCUUCUCCAAAGUUCCCUGGAAUGAGGACAGAUAUUCUGAAUGCACAGACUGUGUCUUUGAGUAAUGACACGAUAGCAAUAAAAGACAAAGCUGAUGAAAAAAUAAUCUUCCUCUUUGAAGCAUCAACUGGAAAACCCUUAGGAGAUGGGAAGCUUCUUUCUCAUAAGAAUGAAAUCUCAGAAAUUGCUCUGGAUCAAAAAGGACUUACCAAUGACAGAAAAAUUGCUUUCAUUGAUAAGAACAGAGACCUCUAUGUGACCUCAGUGAAACGAUUUGGGAAAGAAGAACAGAUCAUUAAACUUGGAACCAUGGUGCACACCUUGGCCUGGUGUGAUACGUGCAAUAUCCUCUGUGGACUUCAGGAUACCCGGUUCACAGUAUGGUACUACCCCAACACUGUUUAUGUGGACAGAGACAUUUUGCCCAAGACGCUGUAUGAGAGAGAUGCCAGUGAAUAUAGUAAAAACCCCCACAUAGUGAGUUUUGUUGGGAAUCAGGUGACGAUAAGAAGAGCUGACGGCUCCCUGGUCCACAUCAGCAUAUCGCCGUACCCCGCUAUCCUCCAUGAAUACGUGAGCAGCUCCAAGUGGGAAGAUGCCGUGAGGCUCUGCCGCUUUGUUAAGGAGCAGAGCAUGUGGGCUUGCCUAGCAGCCAUGGCAGUUGCUAAUCGCCAUAUGAUUACUGCAGAAAUAGCCUAUGCAGCAAUUGGUGAUAUUGAUAAAGUUCGAUACAUCAAUGCUAUAAAAGAUCUUCCAUCUAAAGAAUCAAAAAUGGCCCACAUACUAAUGUUUAGUGGGAACAUACAGGAGGCUGAAACAGUCCUUCUCCAGGCUGGCCUCAUUUAUCAAGCGAUCCAGAGCAACAUUAAUCUCUAUAACUGGGAAAGGGCGCUGGAAUUGGCUGUAAAAUACAAAACCCAUGUUGACACAGUUCUUGCUUAUCGCCAGAAGUUUUUGGAGACAUUUGGUAAACAGGAAACUAAUAAACGAUAUUUGCAAUAUGCAGAAGGCCUCCAAAUAGACUGGGAGAAAAUCAAAGCCAAGAUUGAGAUGGAAAUUACUAAAGAGCGAGACCGAGCAUCAAGUGGCCAGUCCAGCAAGAAUGUGGGCUUAAAGCACUAAGCUCCAUGGUGACCUCUGAGCUGGUUCAAACUACCAAAGAUGUGCAUGGUUUGUUUGCUUAAGAAAAGGCAUGAUUUUAAGGCUCGUGCUGUCUCUUAAUGGCAAAGCACUUGCCUAGCGUGCACGAGGCCCUGGGUUUGAUCCCCAGCACUGUCGAAAGAAAAAGACAUUAUCUUUCAAUCAUUGAAUGCACUUUCUGUGUAUUUACUACUUAAGGUACAUUCAGGAAUAUUAAGCACAAAAAUGAUGGAAUUCCAUCAUUUAUAUUUUUCUAGCCUAAUAGUUAACAAAAUAUUUGUAUAUGCUUAUCUAUGCCCGAGUAGUGUUGAUUACAUUCCAGUUUUUUUUUUUUUCAUUUCCUUAUUUCUGGUUCUUCAGUAUGAAUAGCUAUUAAUGCUUAUAAUAAACUCAAGUUAUUUACAGUGUAUGUUAUUAUUAAUUUCUAUUUGAUCUGUAAAUUGUAAAGUAUCCCCCAUAGCUUAUAAAACAAAAAUGCAUGAGGAAGGGUUUGGGAAAAUGAUACAGUGCAGACUCUUGUACACCGAAGUUGAUAGUUUUGUUGAAAUAGCAAAAGCUGAGACUAAGUCAGCCGCUCCUCAGCUGGCAGUGAGGUAAAGCGUGUGCUACUCACGUGCAGUGGCAUUACUCUCAUGAGAGGACUGAACUGUGACAUGUGCUGCACUCGGUGAGCCUUGGAAGA